GAGGGCAGACGAAAGGAGGGAAGGAGUGGGGAGGGGAGGUGCGGAGGGCACUGAGAUAUUAUCUGUGGACAGACAGUGGACGGACACACAUCAGACCCAGCCCCUCAGGGCUGGUGACGGUCAGGAUGAGUUCGGAGCCACCCCAGGAGGAGGUGCCGCCCGGGCCCACCCCCGAGACCCCCGGCCCCGCUCCCGAAGACCCCCGGCCCCAGCACGUUCCCGAGGACGAUCCCGAGACCCCAAUCCCCGGGCCGGACCCCAGUCUUGGGGCGGACCCCAUCGAGCAGAAGAAGCGAGUGAGCAUGAUCCUGAGGAGCCCGGAGUUCAGAGACGAGCUGGAGAGUCUGAUUCAGGAGCAGAUGAAGAAAGGAAACUUCUCCCCCAACCUCUUGGCUCUACGUCAGAUUGUGGACUUCAUGACCAGUACCCCCUCGGUCAUCCCCACCUCACCCCCUGGAGGGGUGUCGAUGAUCAGGCCCAUCAAUGACCUACAAACCAUCGAGUCCCUGAACCUGGUGAAGGGCGAGCGACUGAUGAGGUGUAAGAUCGCCAGCAUUUACCGCCUCCUGGACCUGUUCGGCUGGGCUCAGCUCGUGAACACCUACGUAACCCUGCGAGUCAGGAAAGAGCAGGACCACUUCCUGAUUAUCCCCCGAGGUCUGUCCUACGGUGAAGUCACCGCGUCCGUCCUGGUGAAGGUGAAUAUUCUGGGGGAGGUGGUGUCCGAGGGCAGCUCCGGCUUCAGUGUGGACGUGGCUGGGUUCAGUCUUCACUCCGCCAUCUACGCUGCCCGGCCUGACAUCCGCUGUGUUAUCCACUUACACACCCCGGCUACAGCCGCUGUGUCGGCCAUGAGGUGUGGGUUACUGUCCGUGUCUCACGAGGCGCUGCUGGUGGGAGAAGUCGCUUAUUACGACUACAACGGAGCCCUGGACGAGGAGGGCGACAGGAUCCAAUUACAGAAGAGCCUCGGCCCCUCCUGCAAGGUGCUAAUUCUGAGGAACCACGGAGUGGUGGCCCUGGGGGAGACCAUGGAGGAGGCCUUCUAUAAGAUUUACCAUCUGCAGUCAGCCUGUGAGAUACAGAUCUCGUCCCUAUCGAGUGCCGGGGGAGUGGAGAACGUGAUUAUGUUGGACAGAGACAAGUACAGACGUCAGGAGGUGGGGAGCGUGGGUUGGGCCGGGAGCACAUUCGGGAGAAUGCGCAGCAGCCGUGUGGGUGAACACGAGUUUGAGGCCCUGAUGAGGAUGUUGGACAACCUGGGCUACCGGACGGGCUACGCCUACAGAUACCCCGUGAUCCAGGAGAGGACCAAACACAAGCGUGAGGUGGAGAUUCCGGCCACCGUCACCGCAUUCUCCUUCGAGGAGGAACCGCUCCCCCUGUCCUCGCUCCGGCACCACAGCCAGCGGCAGCAGCAGGAGAAGACACGGUGGCUGAACUCGCCCAACACCUACCUGAGGGUCAAUGUGAACGAAGAGACCCCGUGGGGUCCCAGCAGCCCUCGGGCCAAGACCACGUGGCUGAAGGCGGACGAGGUGACCAGGCUCAGCAGUGGGACUUCGAUCAAGAUCGAGACUCCCAACCAGUUUGUGCCGCUGUUUACGGACCCUCGUGAAGUGCUGGAGACCAGGAACAAGAUUCGGGAGCAAAACCGGCAGGAUAUGAAGUCGGCCGGUCCCCAGUCACAGCUCCUGGCGUCCGUCAUCACAGACAAGAGCCGCAGCCCAUCUGCAGAUGGGGAGUUGUCAUCAGAAGCCAGGACUCUGACGCGGGAGGAAACCCACGAGGACACGACGCAGCCUGAGCCCCCCAACCCCUUCAAUGAGCUGACUGACCAGGAGCUGGAGGAGUACAAGAGAGAAGUGGAGCACAAGCAGAUGGGAAUCGAUGGUCCGGACGACGAGAAUACCUCAGCCGGAGUCUCUCCACUCAAGACCCCGCUAAUGUCACCGCUUAAGUCACCCAAGUCUCCCCGGUCACCGGGAGAAACCGAGGAGGCGGGAGAUUUAAAGGACCCGGGCGACGCGGAGAUCGCGGAGAGCGAAGUGCUGGUGGUCAACGGGGAGGAGGAGGAGAGGUCUGCGGAGGACGAGCUGAGCAAGGGAAUAAGCCAGAUGAUGAGCAACGCUGAGAACGGGACGGAGACCCCCGCCAAGACGGCCAAGGAGAAACCGGAGCCCGGCACUGGGGGGCCGCUCACACCAGAGGGCUCCCCCUCCAAAUCCCCCUCCAAAAAGAAGAAGAAAUUUCGCACCCCGUCCUUCCUGAAGAAGAGCAAAAAGAGGGAGAAGAGCGAGUCCUGAAUGGGGGGAGGGGAGGGGCUGGGGGGGAAGGGGAGGAGGGGGCAAUGAAAUAACUUUGCAAAGGAGCAUCCGGAACAAACACACGCACACACACACACACGUAUGUGUGCACGCAAAGCUACACGCUACUGUAUACACGCGCACACACGUGAGGUUUUGUAUUCGGUUGUAAGUUGUUCAAUACCGCCUUUUUUUUUAAAUGAGAUUUUCCCCGAUGCUGGGGGUGGG